GACAAUCUCAAAGAAGUAAAGGACGAGAUUUCAAGAAAUUUGCAGCUCCUUCAAUAUUACCCACCAGACUCCAUUACUUUGAGGGGUUGGCUUCUCUAUAUUUUCGGACUCUGCCUAAUAGUGCAACCAGCCAUAGCCAUGUACUUGAAUUGGGGCAACUGGGACUUCAAUUCCCGAGUAACCGCGACCGACAACUUGAUUUACUGCUUCGGAAUACUAAGUAUGUCCACCGACAUUAUGUUCAAACCGAACACUAUGAAAUCAUUCAUGGAUCUCAUCUACUCAGAAUUCACAGUCUAUAGAGUGCCGCUGAAAAAUACAGAGAACGACAUCUAUGAGAGAAAGUGUGAACUAGUUGAUGAAAUGACUCUAGAAGGAUACAGGUUGUUGAAGAGUACUGGCACUGUCCUUAGAUACUUCUUCAGCGGCUAUUCUAUCGUGCCCAUUUGUGGUAUACUAUUCUAUUUCCUCAACUUAGAACCCGUCGAAAAUCUACCACUUCUUUUCAAAUUCUACUCACCAUUGUCACUAUCUCUGACUGUCACAAGUUUCCACGAAUACCUUGUCUGCACAGGUCUGCAAUUGUUCUACGUUUAUUAUUCAGUUAUUUUAGCUUUGAUCAACAGUCUUUCACAGAUGCUAACAAUGUUCCACAUGCGAGUCGAAAUGAAGCUGUUUCAAUUGAAUGUCAGAGAAAUCAAUAUGUACUGUGCUGAGAACACGUUUCGAGUGAAUAAAAAUGAGAGUUAUGGGUUGGAGGAUAACGGGUUUUCAGAGAAGGAGCUGCGUUUGAUGAUGAAACAAUUGGCGAGGCAUCAUCAAAUCAUUUGUAGGAAAAUGGACUGGCUGAAUGAAGGUUUCAAGAUUCGUCUAUUCUAUUUCAACACCUUUAUCUGUCUUCAAAUUUGCUUGGGAAUAUUCAUAGUACUGAAGGGUCAAAUAGUACUGAAAAUAAAAUAUUUUAUUAUUGUAAUAUCGAUAGCAGUUAUCGAGUUCUUUUUAAGUGAAAAUGGCCAGAAAGUGCAAGAUGAGGGAGAAGAGAUAAGAACGGUUCUCUAUGAAUGCGAUUGGAGAGGUAAACCAAAAUGGUUUACAAGCAGUCUUCAAUUAAUAAUGACACGUAGCAACAGGCUUCCCAGAAUUUACCUCUUCAAUGUCAUGACUCUAAACAGGAAGAACAUGAUGGUGGUGAUGCGAGGAGCUUACUCCUAUUUAAACUUACUCAACAAUUUCUCAAAAUAAUUUUCAAUCAUAAAUUCAUACGCGAUGCAUUUAUUUGCAAUGGACUGAAAUCUCAUGUAGGCCUAUUCGUAUAUCAAAAUCAAGAAAUUGAAACUCAAUAAUAAGAAAAUCAUCAUCAAGAUGGUUGAAAAAUGAAAGAAUUUGGUAAUUCGAAC